GGAGAAGGCGACGGUGGAGGAGGGGGCCGGGAUCUGAUCCCUUGCAUAUUUGUGUGGUUCAAGCUCAAGUUGGUUUCUUUGCUUUCAGACGGAACGCAGCAUGGUCAGCCGUGUUGAGCAUCCCGCUGCAGGAUACAGGAAGAUCUUUGACACCGUGGAGGAGCUGAACGAGCCGAUACCGGCAGAAAUCAGUGGUGUUCUCCCGCCAUGGCUGCAGGGAAGCCUUCUCAGGAUGGGUCCGGGUCUUUUUGAGGUGGGAGACGAACCUUUCCAUCACCUGUUUGACGGACAGGCCAUCAUUCACAAGUUUGACCUGAAGGACGGCCAGGUGACCUACCACAGGAAGUUCAUCAGGACGGAUGCGUACAUUCGCGCCAUGACAGAAAAUAGAGUCGUCAUCACCGAGUUUGGUACGGCAGCCUACCCAGAUCCCUGCAAAAACAUCUUCUCCAGGUUCUUCACCUACUUCAAAGGCAUCGAGGUGACUGAUAACUGCAUGGUAAACAUUUAUCCAAUCGGUGAAGAUUUCUACGCCGUCACAGAAACCAACUACAUCACCAAGGUUGAUCCAGACUCUCUGGAAACCGUGAAGAAGGUGGACCUGUGUAAGUACGUCUCUGUGAACGGGGUCACCGCCCACCCCCACACGGAAGCAGAUGGCACCAUCUACAACAUCGGCAACUGCUUUGGGAAGAACAUGAGUCUGGCUUACAACAUCGUCAAGAUCCCACCUGCGCAGAAAGAUGAAUCCGACCCCGUAGAGAAAUCCCAAGUUGUGCUCCAGCUGCCCAGCAGUGAGAGGCUAAAGCCCUCCUACGUCCACAGUUUCGGGAUGACCAGCAACUAUUUUGUGUUUGUGGAGCAGCCGGUGAAGAUCAACCUGCUCAAGUUCUUGUCCGCUUGGAGCGUCAGAGGAACCACGUACAUGGACUGUUUUGAGUCAAAUGAAAGCAUGGGGACAUGGUUCCAUCUGGCCACUAAGAACCCAGCAGAUUACCUGAAGAACCACAAGUUCAGAACUUCAGCCUUUAACGUCUUUCAUCAUAUCAACACCUAUGAAGAAGAAGGGUUCGUUGUGGUGGACCUCUGCACGUGGAAAGGACACGACUUUGUGUAUAACUACCUGUACCUGGCCAACCUGAGAGAGGAGUGGAAGGAGGUGAAGAGAGCAGCGGUGAAAGCUCCUCAGCCUGAGGUCAGACGAUACGUCCUGCCGCUGGACAUCCACAGGGAAGAGCGGGGGAAGAACCUGGUGUCUCUGUCCUACACGACAGCAACCGCUGUUCUUCACAGCGAUGGGACCAUCUGGCUGGAACCCGAAGUGCUGUUUUCUGGACCAAGACAAGCGUUUGAAUUUCCACAGAUCAACUACUCUCAGUGUAGCGGUAAGAAGUACUCCUUCGCCUACGGCCUAGGACUGAACCACUUCAUCCCUGACCGGAUUGUUAAACUGAACGUGCAGACCAAAGAAACCCGGGCGUGGCAGGAGGACGACUGUUACCCAUCAGAACCGCUCUUCGUUCCAACGCCAGGAGCCACAAAGGAGGAUGAUGCUCCUGCUCAUCCUGUCCCAUCCCCACAGGCGUGCUGCUGAGCAUUGUAGUGAAACCCGGAGCAGAGAGGCCCGGGUUCCUGCUGGUUCUAGACGCCGUGGAGCUGAAGGAGCUGGCCAGGGCAGAGGUCAACACCAUCAUCCCCGUCACGUUACACGGGAUGUUCAGACCAAAACCUUCAUCCUGAAGCCGUCAUGUUCUUAUGCACUUGGGUUGAAUCUCCACCGCAAAUAGCUUCAGCAUGAUAAUAACUUUAGAAGUGUGUGUGUGUGUUUUAAUGCAUUAAUUGUGUACAUAGCAUGGGGCGAAGGUGGCACAGGAGUUAAGUGCUCGCCUCCGUAAUCGGAAGGUUGCAGGUUCGAGCCCCGCUCAGCCUGUCGCUGUCGUUGUGUCCUUGGGCAAGACACUUAACCCACGUUGCCUGCUGGUGGUGGUCGGAGGGACCGGUGGUGCCUGUGCCCAGCAGCCUCGCCUCUGUCAGCGCGCCCCAGGGCAGCUGUGGCUACAUCGUAGCUCAUCCCCACCAGUGUGUGAAUGGGUGGAUGACUGAUUGUGUUGUAAAGCGCCUUGGGGGGUUCCAGGACUCUAGAAGGCGCUAUAUCAAAUACAGGCCAUUUACCAUUUAUCUAAACACAGGUGAGAGGAAACAGUGCAUGUAUUCAUGUGUAUAUGAAUGUUUUCCUUUUCCAAUCAUAAUGCAAACAUUUAAGCAAGGCUGUGAUAAAUGUGCUUCACCUUG